GAUAACAAUGUAUCAGAUAUGUUUAACAAAAUGUACCUGGGAGAAUCUUUUAAUGAAAAUUCUAGAAUCCUAAAUUUCUCCUCUAUGGAUCAAAGCAAAAAUGAAAGUAUGAGAAAUGGUGACCCAUUCAACUCUUCUCAAAAUGCAUCUCUUCACAAAUUAUUAAUUAAAUCGGAUAAUGCAAGAGAAAUUCCUUCUGCCCCAGAAAAAAUAUUGGACGCUCCAGAUUUGAUCAAUGAUAAUAAUUUGAACCUUUUAGAUUGGGGAUCUAAAAAUUUGCUGGCCAUAGCUUUAGGUUCAAAUGUGUACUUGUGGAAUCCUACAAAUGGAGAAACUACUCAUUUAAUCGAUAUUUCAGAAAUUGAAAUUGGAGCUUACGUUUCUUCCCUUGCCUGGACUCAGAAUGGCAGAAUUCUUGCCGUUGGAAAUAGUUUUUCUAAAAUUCAGUUAUGGGACGUUACCAAGCAAAAAAUGAUUCGCAGCUUUUAUGGGGACGUGAUCAAAUCGGAUAUUGAACCUGGGACCUCUAGUUCGACUGUAAUGGAUCAGAAUAGAAUCUCUUCACUGGCUUGGAACGAAAGUUUACUCUCUACUGGCUCUAGGACUGGACGUGUGUUGCAUCACGAUGUUAAAGUCAAGAGGCACAUUGUGGGUCAGUCAAAGUUUCACAAAUGCGAGGUAUGCGACUUAAAAUGGGAUCGAUACGGUAGCCAAUUAGCCACUGCGUCUCAUGAUGGCCUUGGCCUAUGGGACAAAACCCAAUUAUCAACCCGCACCAAUUCUACAAAUACUGAAUCUACAAAAAGCCUCUCUUGGUCUCCCUUUGACCGCAAUCUUUUGGCUACUGGUUCAGACAAAAUUAUUCAGUUUUGGCAGACACGAUCCACAAAAUCUAUCAAGAACUUAGCAGUUACUGGAAUGGUUAUCGGACUUUCUUGGUCUUACAGGCAUAAAGAAUUUAUAGCAGGGAUAGGAAAUGCCACAGAAAUUUGGGGAUAUCCCAAUUUAAAUAAGUUAAACAGCAUGAAAGGUCAUAAAAACCGGGUUUUAUUUCUGGGUUUUAGUCCCUGCGGGAGUAAUUUAGCCACCGUAGGAGCAGACGAAACUAUCAUGAUCUGGAAAUAUACGUCCACACAGCCCAUUUCAAUAUCGAAAAGUGAUGACAUAGAUCUCAGUUCCUUUGAUACGAUCAGAUGAACCAAAUAACUUUUUAUGGCGAUUUUCCACAAUCACUUGGAAUUAAAAUGAGACUUUUAAGUUGUAAAUUAUAA